GGAUUGCGCUAGACCCACCUUCCAGCAUCACAGCACACCUCCGUCCUCCGCAUCACCGCCCUCGAAUAGCUCCCCGCCCGACGACGCCCACCCGCCUACGAGGAGCUGAACCGCCAACAUGCUUCUUCUCGACUAUCAAAACGUCCUUAUCGAAUCUCUCCUAAGGGAACGAAUCAAUGGAGGAGCUACCGCCAACAUUGACCAGGUCGUCUCCGACUUCGACGGCGUCACCUUCCACAUAUCAACCCCGGAGAGCAAGACCAAGAUACUAGUGUCGCUGCACAUCAAGUGCUUCAAGGAGCUGGUCCAAUACGGCGCGCAGGCAGUGCUGGAGCGAGAGUAUGGGCCGUAUAUCGUGGAGCCAGAGUCUGGCUACGACUUCUCGGUGCUGGUAGACUUGGAAAACUUGCCAGAAGAGCAAGAUGCCAAAGAAGAUCUGGUCAGGCGUGUGUCCCUCCUCAAGCGCAAUGCCAUGGCUGCACCCUUCGAGCAAGCCUUCGACGAGUUCCAUGAGUUGCAAGAGGAAGCUUCCAAGUACACAUCCGAGUCGGCGCCACAGGGUGUAGCAGAGGGCGGUGCCGUGCGCGCGAUCCACUACCGAGAGGAGGAAGCCAUCUACAUCAAGGCCAGCCACGACCGUGUCACCGUCAUCUUCUCGACCGUAUUCAGGGAAGAGACGGACAGGAUAUUCGGAAAGGUGUUCCUUCAGGAAUUUGUUGACGCCAGGCGGAGAGCUAUUCAGAACGCACCACAAGUGCUGUUCAGGAAUGACCCGCCGCUUGAGCUACAAGGCAUCCCCGGAGUUGACAACUCUGGCUCAGCCGAGAUUGGUUACAUCACAUUUGUGCUCUUCCCUCGUCAUCUCGCCAAGCAACGGCGCGAUGAGGUUAUUUCGCACAUCCAAACCUUCCGCGAUUACUUCCAUUACCACAUCAAGGCUUCCAAGGCCUUCAUCCACACAAGAAUGCGCAAGCGGACCGCAGACUUCCUCCAAGUUCUUCGCAGAGCCCGACCCGAGACGGAGGAGAAGGAGAAGAAGACAGCCAGUGGCCGUACUUUCAAGGUCCAGGCAUAAAUGGAAGCGAGAAACUGUUUCGAAGAGAAGCCGGCAUGUGCUGAACAUGUCCAGUCAAUUGAGGAAGGCCGUUCGUGGCCAAUGCGAGAUGAAGUGUCAGGGAGAGAGCACCAUGUAGAUAGCAAUGAUUGAACCCACCUGAGAUGUAGGCAAGAGCAAGUCUACCAUCACAUUCAUGCCUGCCUUUCGGUGUAUGCC